CGAGAAUAUACUUCGUUCCCAACAUGAAAGUCUCUCUUUUCUUCAGCAUUCUUCCUCUUCCCCUCCUGGUGGUGGGUCAAACCACCUCGCAACAGAAUUUCGAUGUCCUCUGCCCCGCCGGAAACUUAGACACCACUGUCGGCACUACCAUGCUCAACGGCGAGCAGUACACCUACUACUGCAACCACCGGGCGACGACCAACGACAUGAGCAACCGCAAGAGCGGCAUCGCCGCGCCCGCCACUUGUGCCACCUAUGCCAGUGCCGCAGACAUCGGGGUGACCUGGUUGAGAUCGGGCACGUGUGCCACCGCCAGCAAAGGUCCACCGCACCCCGAGCCGAGGGCGAUUUUUUUCGAGAAGAUCGUCACCCCGCCUCCGCCGGACAGCUUCUGCUGUGUAGAGCGAGAUGAUUUGGAGAAGGAGCGGGAUGAACUACAGACGCAGCUGGAUGCGUGUGUGAUUGCGCGGGAUAAGUUCGAGGCGGAUCUUGCAACAUGUAAGGCUAGUUCUGGUGGUUCUGGUGGUUCUGGUGGCGGCGGUGGCCAGGUCUCCGACUGCCGUGGCGUGACAAACCCUAUCACCAUAAGCAAUACACACCAGAGCGGUUCUCAGUGGGCUGUCAGUUGCAAUUAUGUUUCGGGCCAAGGCCUUCUCAGCAAGCCCGGGAUCACUGUGACGGGCUUGCCUGCGUGUGUGGACGAAUGUGCCAAGGUCGCCAGCUGCAAGGUCGCGCAGGUCCUGCCCCAGGUUCGGAACAACUGUCUGCUAUACUCAGCGUACAAAAUCCCGACCACAGCCACGGGAAGUCAUUUUGCCGUGAGAUCUUAA